UUAGGUACUUUACUGAUAAUUUUUAUUUAAUAUUUGUGUAGGUGUAGCAACUGAACCAUGAGACAUUUUGCCUUAUUUGCUUUAUUCAAUUUUGGGUUUUCAGACAUUGUGAUUCAUUUGCCGGAUGGGAGCAUCCGUGGGAAACAAUCUGUUACUUUAACACACAAAAAAUUCUAUAGUUUCGAAAAAAUACCAUAUGCUGCUCCCCCAAUUGGAGAAUUAAGAUUUCAAGCCCCGAUUCUCCCGAAAAAAUGGGACGGUGUAUUGAAUACGACAAGAAGUGAUGCGAUUUGUUACCAAGUAGCUGGCGAUUUUUCCCUUGAAUCGGAAGAUUGCUUAUAUUUAAAUGUUUACACCCCAAAAGUAGACGCACUUUUGCCCGUAAUUUUUUACAUACAUGGUGGUGGGUUCAUCGGAGGUGCAUGCACAAGUUCAAUAUGUGGUCCUGAAUUUUUCAUAGAUUAUAAUGUAGUUGUUGUUACAAUUAACUAUCGUUUGGGACCUUUCGGUUUUUUGUCGACGCAAGAUACAGAAAUACCGGGGAAUAAUGGAUUAAAGGAUCAGCAACUUGCCUUGAAAUGGGCUCGGAAUAAUAUUAUAUUGUUUGGGGGCGAUCCGUCUAGAAUAACAAUUGUUGGACAAAGCGCUGGGUCAGCGUCUGUGACUUACCAAAUAUUAAACAAAAAUUCGAAGGGAUUAUUUUGGGCGGCAAUUUGCCAAAGCGGUUCGUUUCUAAGUCCUUGGAGCUUCCAGAGAAAUUCAAGACAAAUUGCAUUUCAAACAGCCAGUUACAUAAACGAAACUUUUAAAACCAACAAUGAUUCGAAAGAGUUACGUAAGUUUUUGUUAACAGUGACUGCAGAUGAGCUAGAUAAGGCUUCCUAUCGAGUGCAUCAAACGGAAACCUUACAAAACCGCCAAAUUUCACAAGGUUAUUUCUACGCACCAGUUUUAGAAGUUGAGCACGAAGAUGCAUUUAUAACUAGGAAAAUGUUUGGCGAUUUAAAAAUCGGAAACUUUGUUAAAGUGCCCAUUAUUAUUGGCAUUACAUCAGAAGAGGCAUUAGAGGAUGCUAACGACUUGUCUUUAUUAAAAAAUAUAAUGAAAACGUACGAUGAUAAUUUAGACUGGUUGGUUCCCCAUGAUUUAAAUGUCAAAGACAAGCAAAAGCGUAAAAUGAUUGGUGAAAUAAUUCGAAGUUUUUACACCGGAAGUAAAUUGCAAGACGACUUAUCUGCAGGAAUUCGAUUUUUCAGCGACAAUUCUUUCACGAGAUCUGUUAUCAAACACGCUCAGCUUCAGUCAAAAUUUACAAACGUCUACUUUUACCAAUUUUCUUAUGAUGGAAUGAUUGGAAACGUUUCAACUUUGAUCAAAGGAGCUGGAAAAGUGGCUCACACAGAAGAAUUACGAUACAUGUGGCGUAUAGAUUUUCAAGGGUAUAAUAACACAGACAUUGAACAGUUCCCUGAAGACGAUGUAGUUACACACCGACGAUUAUUAACACUGUGGACAAAUUUUGCAAAGACUUUAAACCCAAACUCUAAGAAAUUCGAAAUGUUGGAAAAUAUUUCGUGGCCAAGUGUGGCAACUGGAAGACCGAAAGAUUUGUUAUAUUUAAACAUUGACAAGGAAUUAACAAUCAAAAGUUACCCCAAAAUUGCGGCCUAUUUGGGAUGGAAUAUGAUUUACGAUUUUUUUGGUGAAGAGGAAUUUGAUACUUUUUAUGUUCCAAUUAUUGCGCACCUAUUUUUUAUUUAUCACAAAUUAUCUAAACACUUAUCAAACACAAUAAUCAUUUGCUCCCAAGUGCGUGCAUCUAACAUGUUAGCGAAAAUUUUCCUAUUACUCGUCUUCAAACUAUCGUAUAUUCUGUGUUCCAAUGUUUUGGUGGAACUUCCUAACGGCAUAAUCCUUGGACGUGAAGAUAAAUCAUACACUGAUAAACCCUAUUUUAUUUUCCAAAAAAUUCCAUAUGCUGCUCCACCUGUUGGAAAUCUUCGGUUUAAAGCACCAAAACUCCCUAAAGACUGGGAAGGAGUUCUAAAUUGUACAUAUCUCGAUAAAAUCUGUUAUCAAGACACGACUAACUUGCCAGAGGAGUCCGAAGAUUGUCUCUACAUUAAUGUUUACACACCAGAACUGAAAAAUGCCUCUAUACCUGUUCUGUUGUAUAUUUACGGUGGUGGAUUUGUUGAGGGUCAUGCAAUGCAGUACCGACGAGGCCCUGAAUAUUUAAUUGAUCAUGACGUUGUGAUUGUUACAUUUAAUUACAGACUGGGAGCUUUAGGUUUUUUAUCGACCGGAGAUGCAAUAAUACCCGGAAAUAAUGGCUUAAAAGACCAACAACUGGCCAUAAAAUGGGUCCAUGAUAAUAUCCAUUUGUUCGGAGGGGAUCCCAAAAGAGUGACUUUAGUGGGCGAAAGCGCAGGUGGUGCUUCAGUCAGUCAUCACAUUUUGAACGCAAAGUCGGAAGGCUUAUUCCGAGGAGCGAUUAUGGAAAGUGGCACUGCGAUUAAUCCAUGGUCCCUCCAAAGAAACCCGAGACAAAAAGCUUUCGCCUAUGGUGCGCUUUUUAAUUCGAGUUUUAACGAAAUUGAUGAUUCUGAAGCACUUCUGGACUUUCUACUCAAUUUACCAGCUGCUGAUUUAGAUAAAGUCUCGCCCUUACAAUCAGGAUGGGCACCAGUUAUUGAAGUUGAGCAUGAGGAUGCUUUUAUUACGAAAAAAAUGUACGGUCUUGUGCAGUCAGGGAAUUUUGUCAAAGUGCCGAUUUUGAUGGGAAUUAAUUCCGAAGAAUCCCUAUAUGAGGCUGGAGACUUAGAUUCGCUUAAAUCGGAAUGUGAAAUGUACGACAGCAACGUGGAUCGUUUAGUACCUGAAGAUGUGAGUGUAGUUCUCAACAAUGAGACUAUUGUCAAGUUUGGGCAAGCCAUCAAACAAAUUUAUUGUGACCACGAAAAUUUUAUCGACAAUAUGAGUGCAGCAGUACGGUUUUCUAGUGAUAAUAGCUUCACACGAGCCAUUAUAAAAUGUGCCGAAAUGAAAUCACAAUUCACUGACGUUUAUUAUUAUCAGUUCUCUUAUGACGGCAUAAUGGGGAACGUUACUAUCAGUAUUGAAGGUGCUGAACACGUUGCACAUGCUGAAGAGCUUCGCUAUGUGUGGCGGACCACUCGGGAUGGAUAUGAUAAUUCUGACUUGAGUAAAUUUCCCCCAGAGGAUGUUCUGACCCAACACAGAAUGCUAACACUUUGGACCAAUUUUGUUAAAAACUUAAACCCCACACCGGACACAAGUGAUCUUUUACAAAAUGUUACUUGGCCUACGGUGACAUCGGGAGGUGUAGGCGAUUUUUUAUAUUUAGAUAUUGGAGAGAAUUUGGAAGUUAGGAAUCAUCCCAAAGCAGAUACCUAUCACAGAUGGAUUUAACUUUACGCUAUGUUGAACUAUAAUGAUUUUGAUACAUUUUGAAAUGUAAUAAAAUUGAUUUGUCUUGA